AUGACUGAUAGUGUGUACUUCAAUGAGCGGACAAAAACUUAUGACAUUCCUAUUUCACACUUGGACUUCAAAUAUCUUAAUUCCUGUAAUGACGUUGAUGAGCUGGAGAAAAUAAUGAAAACUUUGAGAUCCGGUGAAGUUGGUCGUUAUACAGAGCUAGAAUCAUGUUGUGAAGAAAGAAUACGUAUUCUGAAUCCCAACAGCCGGGUGUUACGGAAAUCAGUAGAACCCGUAAGACUGACUCAGCUGGAUAAAGAAGAAAGAUCUCAGAUUGAACAAGAUUUUCAGAGUUGGCUUAAUGAAAUGAAGUCUUCAGAUGAAGAGUCCGAUGAGAAACAUGAUGAAGACGCCUAUUAUUCUUCUUCUUCAUUGAGAAGAACAAAACAGAAAUUAACUUCUAGGAAAAAACUAGCCGAUGAGAAGGAGGAGGAGGAGGAUGACGAAUUAGCAGAAAAGUGUAUAAAGUAUGAUAAUGAAAACUUACCACCUAUUCGACGAACAGUUAUCUUUAAUGAUGAACCAGCGUUACGAGUAUGCUCAAGUGGUGAUAAUACCUUUGGUAGAAGAAUAUUGAAACCAAAAGAUUAUAGUGAAUGGGAUAAGUUGGAAAAAGUUUGGGAUAAAGAAUUAGCAGAAGAAGAAGGAGAACACGAGAAGACAGCGCGUAAAUCUGAAAAAGGUGAAACUAUGAAUUUAUCCACUGCUGAAACACGUGGAUUACAUAAACUUGAUUACAAGGAACUAGCCGCCAGAGUGUCUAAUAUGCCAAUUCAUACAAGAAAACAAUUAGCCGAGAGAGAAAAAGACAAAGGGAAUGAAUGCUUUAAAUCAGGUGACUUUGUUGAAGCAUUGAACUAUUACAAACGAAGUCUAACUAUCUAUGAAACAAGUGCUGUAUACAAUAAUCGAGCAUUAGUGUACUUACGACAGAAACAAUGGAAUUUAGCAGUGAAUGACUGUACAAAAGUGUUGAAAUCUGAACCGGAUAAUUUAAAAGCUUUAUUUAGACGUGGACAAGCAUAUUAUGAAUUACAUAAUCUAGGAGAGGCUGAAAAAGAUUUAGAAAGACUUACUGAUCAAGAUCCAACAAACUUUAAAGCUCAGAAUUUAUUGCGUAAUGUAAGAAUAGCUAAGUCAAAACGUGAAAAUUCCCGCUUAGAAGGAUAUCGACGUAUGACUAUAACAGAUGUUGGUGAUUCCUCAGACAGUUCAGAAAGCGAUGAUGAAGAUAUACAGGAAGAAGAGGAAAAUAACAAAAAAGAAGGCGAAGAAGAAGUAAACGGGGAUAAACAACAAGAAGUCAUUGAGGUGAAGAGCAGUGUGAAUACUUCCGAAGGAAUGGAUCACAGUGAUCGUAAUAAUGAUGAGGACGAUGAUUGUAAUCGUGUAAUAAAUAGCAGUAAUAAUAACGUCAAAUUGACUAACAAAGUAACAGAAGAGAUGACUGGAGAAAAGAAGAAGAGACAAACUACCGAUAUCACUACAAAUAAAACGACAUCUCAUGGAGAUACAAAUUGUCACACUGAAAUCAAAGAAUCUUGCAUAGAUAAACACACAACAGAGGCAAUCACGGAUAAAAGUUCAAUAUCAAAUUAUGAAAAAUUAAAACAAAAAGGAAAUCAGUGUUAUAAAGAGGGAAAUAUGGAGUUAGCAUUAAAAUAUUUCAAUGAAUGCAUUGAAUUAUGUUUAAAGCAUAAUUUGAACAGUGAUAAACGAUUAGCUGUUAUCUAUCGUAAUCGUUCAUUGGUAUAUUUACAAACUAAUGAAUACCAGUCGGCGGUCAAUGAUUGUAAAUUGGCUUUAUCCAUAGAACCAAAUUGUCCAAUUGCAGUUUAUCGAAAAGCCUUAGCGCUAAAGAAAGCAGGUGAUUACAUCAAUUGUUUAAAAGAUUUGGAAAAAGCGAAAAAUUUAUGUCCGAAUAAUCAAAAGAUUAUUGAAGAAAUAAGAGAAGUGAAAAACAUUCUAGAGAAAAAGACGACAAAUUGGAGUGUAGACGGGCCUUCUUCAUUAAAAAAUAGCACUUUGAAUACAACAACAACAGCAACCGAUAUUGAAAUAGUUGAAUUACCAAAUAUUGAAAUUGGCGAUGAUGAAGAUACCAGGAGAGAAGUCGAGAAGUUUGACAGCGACAAUUACGAUAAUGGUGAUGGCGAUGAUGCUGAUGAUGAUGGUUAUGACAGAUUAUCAAGCGUACAAUGUACAAGUAUUACUGCAUCCACUGAUGAAUUCCCUUAUCCUGAGGAUAUUUCAAAGAACACCUCCAGUGACAAUUCAGUUAUAUCAAAACCAAUCGAUAAUGACUGGGAAGUUGUAAAUAUUAUCAGUCAAGAAAAUAAACAAACUUGUAGAACUAAUAAUAAUACAACCAAUGAAAGUGAUAUUACUAAACGGUUUAUACAAAGGAAACAGAUAACGACUCCUCAUGAAUUUCAAACAUUUUGGAUAAAUAUUCAACAUAUGGAAAAGUUUAGUCCAGUCGAUGCUACAAAUGAAAUUAUAAAAUUACUGAACUAUAUACAACCGGAAGAAUUACCAAAAUUAAUUGGAAUUCGAAUGGAAGCUGAAAUGUUGGAUGAUUUGUUGAAUGCAAUUGAUAUGAAAAUGUCAACUGAAAAUGAAAGUGUAUCACAUAUCUACGAGAUUUUAAUUAAUUUGAGUAGAACAGCUCGAUUCGACUGCGCUCUAUUUUUGAUUAAUGAUCGAACAGUACAAGCUAUCAAAAAUAUAAUGUACAAAUUUCAACAUUACAAAUUCGACCAAGAUCAAAUUGAACACCUUCAAUCAAUCUAUUUAUUAUUAUAA